AUGUUGGACUCGAGCCAACCUUACUCUAACAACAGAUCAGACAAUACAGUUGCUCAAAGUACACCUGGAAACAUGCCGGACGCUAGGACAGAUAUGGUGAUUGAUUUCAUUGCUGGAUCACUGGGAGCAGCAACCUCGGUGUAUGUGGGUCAACCCCUGGAUACACUCAAGGUCAAGAUGCAAACCUUUCCUCAGCUCUAUCCAAACCUCAAGGUCUGCUUCACGCGAACCCUGGAGAAUGAAGGGAUUGUUCGCGGGUUUUAUGCUGGAACUGUUCCUUCUCUGGCGGCAAAUAUAGCUGAGAAUAGUAUUCUAUUCGCCGCCUACGGAGCUUGUCAGAAACUAAUCGCCAAAUCCAUGGGAAUUCCAAGGGUUGAGGAUCUGAGUGUGACAGCCAAUGGAAUGAGCGGGUUCCUGGCCGCCUUCUGGUCUUCUCUCGCCCUCUGCCCUACUGAGCUGGUUAAGUGCCGGCUGCAGGCUAUGCGGGAGUCCUCCACGUCUCAAGGAAAAGAGCCACUGAAGAUUGGUCCAUACCAGCUUACGCGGGAUAUUCUCAGAACCGAUGGAGUUCCUGGAUUAUUUCGCGGAUUGACUGCUACGUUCACAAGAGAAAUGCCGGGAUACUUUUUCUUCUUUUUCGCAUACGAGCUUAUGCGGGAUCUUUUGCGAGCUCCUGGUCAGACUAAAGAUGAGAUUGGAGCUCUUAAAACUGUAGUGGCUGGUGGAACGGCCGGAGUAACUCUUUGGACGAUUAUAUUUCCGGCCGAUGUUGUGAAGAGUAGAUUACAGGUGUCUGGGGGUAAGACCCCGAUGUUGAAACUGAUGUCACAAAUCUACCGAACCGAAGGAUUAAUGGCUCUGUAUAGUGGACUUGGUCCAAGUCUUAUUCGUACCUUCCCUGCUACUGGAGCUUUGUUCCUGGCUUACGAAACCUCGAAGAAGGCCAUGACCUCGUAUGUUAGUUAA